GGCGCGGGGCACGCCGGGAGUUGUAGUCCCCGUAGCCACGCCGGGCGGGCCAUGGCGGCGGCCGGGACCCCGGCGGGCGGCGCGGGGCGCUCCAAGGUGGCUCCGAGCGUGGAUUUCGACCACAGCUGCUCGGACAGCGUCGAGUACCUCACCCUCAACUUCGGGCCCUUCGAGACCGUGCACCGGUGGCGCCGCCUCCCUCCCUGCGACGAGUUCGUGGGGGCCCGGCGCAGCAAGCACACCGUGGUGGCCUACCGGGACGCCAUCUACGUGUUCGGCGGGGACAACGGGAAGACGAUGCUGAACGACCUGCUGCGCUUCGACGUGAAGGACUGUUCGUGGUGCAGGGCUUUUACCACGGGGACCCCGCCGGCACCGCGGUAUCACCACUCAGCGGUGGUCUAUGGCAGCAGCAUGUUUGUGUUCGGUGGCUACACUGGAGACAUUUAUUCCAAUUCCAACCUGAAGAAUAAAAACGAUCUCUUUGAAUACAAGUUUGCGACUGGACAGUGGACAGAGUGGAAGACGGAAGGAAGGUUGCCGGUCGCCAGGUCGGCUCACGGCGCCACGGUGUACAGCGACAAGCUGUGGAUCUUCGCGGGAUACGACGGGAACGCACGGUUAAACGACAUGUGGACGAUUGGCCUGCAGGACAGAGAGCUCACGUGCUGGGACGAGAUUGAGCAGAGCGGUGAAAUUCCUCCUUCGUGCUGUAAUUUUCCUGUGGCUGUUUGCAAAGACAAGAUGUUUGUUUUCUCCGGCCAGAGCGGAGCAAAGAUUACCAAUAAUCUCUUUCAGUUUGAAUUCAAGGAAAAGAUCUGGACGCGAAUUCCGACGGAGCACUUGCUGCGCGGCUCCCCUCCUCCUCCCCAGCGCCGCUACGGCCACACCAUGGUCGCCUUUGACCGGCACCUCUAUGUGUUCGGCGGUGCUGCCGAUAACACGCUGCCCAACGAGCUUCACUGCUAUGACGUGGACUCGCAGACCUGGGAGGUCAUCCAGCCCAGCCCGGACAGCGAGUUACCCAGUGGGAGACUCUUCCACGCCGCGGCUGUUAUCUCGGAUGCCAUGUACAUCUUUGGUGGCACAGUGGACAAUAACAUUCGGAGUGGAGAAAUGUACAGGUUCCAGUUUUCGUGUUAUCCUAAAUGCACUCUACAUGAAGAUUACGGAAGAUUAUGGGAAAACAGGCAGUUCAGUGAUUUGGAGUUUGUUUUGGGAGAGAAGGAAGAACGAGUUCGAGGGCACACUGCAAUUGUUACAGCUCGCUGCAAGUGGCUGAAAAAGAAAAUCAUCCAGGCAAGGGAGCGGUUGAAACAGAAAUCAAAGCAAGAUAUUGAAGACGAGGGACACGCGACGUGCCAGAAGGAUGGGAUUGGGGGGAACGUCAAGCUGUGCCGCCUGCAGCCGCUGCUGGAGGUGCCCAUCCGAGAGGCCGAGGCCCAGCCCUUCGAGGUGCUCAUGCAGUUCCUGUACACGGAUAAAAUAAAAUAUCCUCGCAAAGGGCAUGUGCAGGAUGUGUUACUUAUUAUGGAUGUGUACAAACUAGCCUUAAACUUCAAGCUCUCUCGGCUGGAACAGCUCUGCCUCCAGUACAUCGAAGCAUCUGUAGAUCUGCAGAAUGUGCUCAUUGUGUGUGAAAACGCUAACAAGCUUCAGCUGGAUCAGCUGAAGGAACAUUGCCUGAACUUUGUGGUGAAGGAAUCACAUUUUAAUCAAGUGAUAAUGAUGAAGGAGUUUGAGCAUCUUUCUUCGUCACUCAUAGUGGAGAUUGUGCGGAGAAAGCAGCAGCCUCCUGUUCGAACUCAUUCCGAUCAGCCGCUUGACAUCGGAACGUCUUUAAUUCAGGACAUGAAGGCGUACCUAGAAGGAGCUGGGACUGAAUUCUGUGAUAUCAUCCUUCUCCUAGACGGCCACCCUUGGCCAGCACAUAAAGCCAUCCUGGCUGCCCGCUCCAGUUACUUUGAAGCCAUGUUCCGCUCCUUCAUGCCAGAAGAUGGACAAGUGAAUAUUUCUAUAGGCGAAAUGGUUCCCAGCAAGCAAGCAUUUGAAUCUAUGCUUAGAUACAUCUACUAUGGCGAGGUGAACAUGCCUCCUGAAGACUCCCUCUACCUCUUUGCUGCACCUUACUAUUACGGCUUCUCCAAUAACAGACUGCAAGCCUAUUGCAAGCAGAAUCUGGAGAUGAAUGUCACAGUGGAGAACGUGCUGCAGAUUUUGGAGGCGGCUGACAAGACGCAGGCGCUGGACAUGAAGAGGCACUGCCUGCACAUCAUCGUGCACCAGUUCAUCAAGGUCUCCAAGUUGCCACAUCUCCGCUCGCUCAGUCAGCUGCUCCUCGUUGACAUCAUAGAGUCGUUAGCAAAGCACAUUUCAGACAAGCAGUGCGCGGAGCUGGGCUCAGACAUAUGAUGCACUUCGGUCACCCAACUUGUCAUUCGUUCCUUAAAAAAACAGCACUUUACGGCCGACUCCUUUUUACCAUUCCAUACCGAGCUGCUCCGUGUCUGCACAAUUUAGCAGGUGCCCAAGAGGAGCGUGGACACGACCCACUCGCUCUCCCGUGGAUUUACGUGGUUUGUACCUUUGUGGAGAAGGGUUUGGGCUCUGUUAUGCAAGUAUAAAAGUGAAAUGAUAAUGUGGUGUUGAGAGUAGGCAAGUUCAGAAUCGAGCCCAUUAUUACUGUUAUACUGUAAAAUAACACAGUCAUGAGUAAGAGAGUCCUUAAUACUUUGAAACAAAAUAUUUAAAGAAUGCUAUCUGAAGAAGGGGAGCUGACCAGCCAGGGCUCGAGGUGGAAGUGGAGCGUGGUGUCCGCAGUGGGGCUGAGCGCUGGACCAGAACGUGGUGACUUUCCAGAGACUCUCCAUGGCGUGGAUUAAAAGAUAAAGCCUUUUGCAGCCGCCCCAUGCUCUGCGCCAGGCCAGACCCUUUCUGGCCCUCGUAUCCAUUAAUCCUGUCUCGCUAAGCCUUUCUAAAUCCAUUUAUUAAUAAAGAGUUAACAUCUCUUGGCAUUUCA